UGCACGUUAGCCAUCAACACCAUUUGUGGAUAAACACACUGACGAGGAGCUUCCCCAGGCCGUUGCGCCAAGCUUCUCUUUAGCUCGUUUGUGCGUGUGCGUUGUUUAUCCAGCAUCGGGCAAAUAUGAUGGCCGGAGCUAUUACGCAACGCGUGCACCUUCGCUUCCAGCCGUGGGAACCUUUAGCAGCUGCAGGAGAGCCAAGCAGGGUGUCUUCAUGAAAGUCGGAAGUGGAGCCGGGUGGCCAUGGACCCAUUCAGCCAGCUUAUCUUCACCAUCUCGGUGAGCAGCUUCUUCACCUUCCAGUGGCUCUUCCACAAAGCCAGCCCCUGGGUGUCCGCACGCGUCACCUCGGGCUUCCUCCGUCUCAGCGAUAAGCAGAAGGUGGAAUGGAACUCCAGGACAGUAUCGACUCUUCACGCACUGUUAGUAGGAAUCUUCUGUCUUUACAUUUUGUUCUUUGAUGAUGCCGUCAAUGAAGACCCAGUCUGGGGAGAUCCUACUCUAGUGAAGACGAAUGUUGCUAUCACAACAGGCUACCUCAUAUCUGAUCUGUUGCUAAUAUUUUACUAUUGGAAGGCCAUAGGAGACAAGUUUUUUGUAGUGCACCAUCUGGCAGCGUUGUAUGCUUACUACUAUGUACUGGGCCAUGGCAUGUUGCCUUAUUUUGCUAACUUCCGUCUGCUCGCCGAGUUUUCUACUCCAUGUGUGAACCAGCGCUGGUUCUUUGAGGUUCUAGGUUACCCGAGGACCUCCCGACCCAACAUGGCAAACGGCGUGGCCAUGGCCCUCGUGUUCUUCAUGGUGCGCGUGGCCGUCAUGCCGGUCUACUACAGCCGCAUGUACGCCGUCUACGGCACGGAGGCCUUUUACUUGGUGCCCUACGGCGGGCGCCUGGCAUGGAUCUGCUCCAGCAUCUGCUUGGACAUCAUGAACAUCAUGUGGAUGCACAAGAUCGCCCGGGGCUGCUACAAAGUGCUCCAGUCGGCACGCCAGACCAAAUCCGGCGUGGCUCACGUAAACGGAAAGGUCGACUAGUGUCCGGGAAGCGGAUGCCACGUGUUGGGAUGUUAAAGGGAAACGAGGAGGAACUAUUUGAACGUUAUGACGGGCCACCUUCAAGCUCUGAAGCAAUACUCCUGUAUUUUUUUUUAAAGGAACAUUUUAGCCCAAACUGAAAUUGUUUACUUACUUACACUGGUUAAGACGCUUACACUGGUUAAGACUAUUACUGCCAGAGAUCGUCAAUCCCAACAAAUCCUUGAAGAACCAUCUUUUUUUUUGUCCACACCUCAAUGUCUAUUUGUCGUCACAUCAUUUUUCAGGGACACCACGACAAAGGGUAAAGUUUGACUAAACUCGUGAUGCUAUUAUUUAAGAGACUUGUUGGCAAAGUAGCCUUUUUAUAGCAUGAGAUUUCAAACAUAACGAAACAUUAUGUUGCUGUCUUUUUUUUUUUCUUUUUUUUUACAUGUAGUACGUAUAUACAGCCUGGAGUUUUAUAAUGAACAAAACGUACCUUUGGAAAUCCCGAAAGGGAAACCGAAUGUCAAUACAGUUUUGAUGCUAACCAAGGCGAUGAGGAAUCAGAAAGAAGAGCCGCAAAAGAAAUGUUAAUGAGAACACUGACAUUGAUUUAAUUGACGUGUACAGGAGGUGAAACAAAUGUUAUUUAUAACAAGCAGGGUUGUUUUUUUUUGAUCAACAUUUUAUUUUUAUUUGCUUCAAUCGAUAUUGCAAUCGAGAGAAUCAAAAGCAUGUAUCGUCUAUGUUUUAACAAAAAAGAUGCCUCAUUACAUCCAUCUUUUGUUGCCUUGUUUAACCAAAAUGUAAUCGCACAUUUUUCUUGUUAUGAUGCCUUUCCCCCCCCCCCCCCCCCCAGUUCAAUUGCCUUGUCUGUCGGAAUGUGAUAACAGGCUUGUGGUUUUUAUCCAUUUGGCGUUUUAACGGUUUACCAAGCCAUCGAGUUAAUGCUUUUCAUUGCGUUCACAGCUGUGCCAAGUUGCAGCGAUGCUCACAAGGUGUUGCCGUUGCAGCUCUUCAUAUAUUAUAGUCACUUAUCAUUUGAUAUAUGAUAGUGGUCAGGAUUCGAUUGGAACUAAACGGACUAUAAGGAAAUGCACGAUCAAGGUCAUUUUGGUGCACCAGCUCUAACUGCACGUCAUAUCGCAUGGGGAUUGCACUCUUAGCAGAUGUCAUUAUGUUAUCAUGAGCAUAGACACAUGUACACAAUGUUUACUUACUUAGACAGAACAUGACAAAACAGAUGUCUAUAGUGAUUUUCAUAUCCAGCUGAGAAAUAUUGAGCAAGGGAAUACUUGAAGAAUCUGGGCAGUGCAAAUAUCAAUCAACCAUGAUGUGGUGUUUCAGAUAUCAGUGAGUCAGUCCAAAGGCCUCCGUUUAAUAGAUAGAGGAUUGGCUGUAGGCAAGAGGAGGCUAAAGUGACAUUCUGUGAAUGUAUUAUUGGGAAAUAAUGAGCAUUACAUUCUAAUGUGUUCCUUAUAAAAAAUGGCAAAUGGA